AUGCCCUUCGCAGCAGAGAAAUGGUCGGGGUACUUCGAGAGGGUGCUCCGUCACGAUGGCAGCCAAAACCCCGUCUUCUACUUCUUCGGCGUGGACGCCCAUCUCCUGAAGCUCCUCAUCGGCUUCAUUUAUGUCGGGGAGGUGGACAUCCCCUCGGUGGAUCUGGAGAGGUUCAUCCGAUUGGCCGAGGCCCUGGAGGUGAAGGGACUGAAGGAUGAUCACUCCAAGAGAGCCAACAGUUCCGUGUGCGAUGCAGCCAGGACGUCCAUGCCGAACAACGGGGAUGCCUUCGGUCACAGGAGCAGAUCCUCUGACGAGGACUUCCAGUAUUCCCCAAGUAUCGUGAAGGCUCAUCGGCGCGAAUUCUGUCGAUCUGCUGAUCCUACUCCAAGGGUGAUGUCUCAGGGUCCAGUCAUAAGCAAGUCACCUUCAAUAGCAUCCACAUCCAGCACUGUGAUUUCUUCAUCUUGGCCAACGGUCAGUCUUACCCAAGAAGAGCCUGUGAUUAAAAAGGAGCUUGUGGAUGUGGAAGAGGAUUCUGUGCAAGCUGAGGACAUGAUGCAUUCGGGUGAGCAGGAUGACUAUGAUGAGGAGUCACAGUCCUUUCACCUGGAAGUUGACGAUGAUGCGACCAGGAGCGACCAUGCUGCACCCAAGAACGUACCGCCCGAAGUGGACCCCUCC